ACUCACUGGCCACUUUAACAGGAACUUGUUCUUGAUUCUAAGGUUGCUGUUCUUGGUUGGCAGGAGUGGAACCCAAUGUGGUCUUCUGCUGUUGCAUGCUGAGAUGCUUUUCUGCUCACCACAGUUGUAAAGAGUUGCUAUAGCCUUCCUGGCAGCUUGAACCAAUCUGUCCAUUUUCCUCUGACCUCUCUUAUCAACUAGCCGUUUCCACCCACAGAACCGUCGCUCAUUCAGGGUUGUUGUGUGUGUUUUUUUUUGUUUGUUUUUUCCCACCACACCAUUGUGUGUAAACUCUAGAGACUGUUGUGUGUGAAAACCCCUGGAGCUCAGCAGUUUCUAAAAUACUCAAACCAGUCCAUCUGGCACCAACACCCAUGCCACAAUGAAAGUCACAUUUUGAGAUCACAGUUUUCCCCAUUCUCAUGUUUGAAGUGAACAUUAACUGACGCUCUUGAUUUGUAUCUGCCUGAUUUUGUGCAUCGUGCUGCUGUCAAGGGAUUGUCUGAUUAGAUACCUGCAUAAAACAGCAGGUGGAUGGGUCUUCCUAAUAAAGUGGCCAGUGAGUGCCUGGUUUUCAGAGGAGCCACUCGUAGAUGUUCUUACUCCAUCUUUAAUUGAAUGGAAUGCAAAUACUCGGCUGUGGUGCCCCAGUGCUUGCCGCGAAUCUAGAUAAUGGGCUGUGUACAAUGUAAGGACAAAGAGGCAACCAAACUGACGGAUGAGAGAGAGACGAGUGUCUCCCAACACGCUGGGUACCGCUAUGGGGCCAACCCAACGCCCCAACACUACCCCAGCUUUGGGGUCACUGCCAUUCCCAACUACAACAACUUCCACGCACCCGUCAGCCAGGGGACUGUCACAGUGUUCGGAGGAGUGAACAGCUCCUCACACUCGGGAACUCUGCGUUCACGUGGUGGAACAGGAGUUACACUCUUUGUAGCACUUUAUGAUUACGAGGCAAGGACGGAGGAUGAUCUCAGUUUUAGGAAAGGAGAAAAAUUCCAAAUUCUCAACAGCACGGAAGGAGACUGGUGGGAGGCUCGCUCCCUCACUACAGGUGGAACAGGAUACAUACCCAGCAAUUACGUGGCUCCGGUAGAUUCGAUCCAGGCCGAAGACUGGUACUUUGGGAAACUCGGGCGUAAGGAUGCAGAGAGGCAGCUGCUGUCGAAUGGAAAUCCUCGGGGCACUUUUCUCAUCAGAGAAAGUGAAACCACUAAAGGAGCGUAUUCCUUAUCCAUACAGGACUGGGAUGACGUUAAGGGUGAUCACGUGAAACACUAUAAGAUCCGUAAGCUUGACAACGGAGGCUACUACAUCACCACCCGUGCUCAGUUUGAGACUCUGCAGCAGCUUGUUCACCAUUAUUCUGCGAGGGCUGCAGGGCUGUGCUGCCGAUUGAUAGUCCCCUGCCAUAAAGGCAUGCCUCGCCUUGCCGAUCUGUCCGUCAAAACCAAAGACGUGUGGGAAAUCCCUCGAGAGUCACUUCAGCUUAUCAAGCGCUUGGGGAACGGCCAGUUCGGAGAAGUCUGGAUGGGUACUUGGAAUGGCACCACGAAAGUGGCAGUGAAGACCUUGAAACCAGGCACCAUGUCCCCUGAGUCUUUCCUGGAGGAAGCUCAGAUCAUGAAGAAACUGAGACAUGACAAGCUUGUGCAGUUAUAUGCUGUUGUCUCUGAAGAGCCUAUUUACAUUGUCACAGAAUAUAUGGGCAAAGGGAGUUUGCUUGACUUUUUGAAAGACGGUGAAGGACGGAGCCUUAAAUUGCCAAACCUUGUAGACAUGGCAGCUCAGGUGGCUGCAGGCAUGGCUUACAUUGAAAGAAUGAACUACAUCCACAGAGAUCUGAGAUCAGCUAACAUCCUUGUGGGCGACAGUUUAGUAUGCAAGAUUGCGGACUUUGGCCUGGCCAGGCUGAUAGAGGAUAAUGAAUACACAGCUAGACAAGGUGCCAAGUUCCCAAUUAAAUGGACAGCCCCUGAAGCUGCGCUCUACGGACGGUUCACCAUCAAAUCAGAUGUGUGGUCAUUUGGAAUCCUGCUAACCGAGCUGGUGACCAAAGGACGUGUGCCAUAUCCAGGGAUGAAUAACCGGGAGGUUUUAGAGCAGGUGGAGCGUGGAUACAGGAUGCCAUGCCCUCAGGACUGCCCGAUCUCUCUGCACGAGCUCAUGCUGCAGUGCUGGAAGCGAGACCCUGAGGAGAGACCCACGUUCGAGUACCUGCAGGCAUUUUUGGAGGACUACUUCACUGCCACGGAGCCCCAGUACCAACCAGGAGACAACCUCUAAACCGCAAACAAGAGUUUGGGAGUUAAAGCGAAUGGAUUUGUGCUUUAAUCUCGCAGAUUAUAACUCAAAUCCAGGUCACUUUGACAUAAUAAUGCUAUUAGACAUUGAAAAAUCACCUGAACGACUGAAAACCUUGGUAGAACUCAAGAGCCAGAGGAAAACUCAUUGCUACGACACACUGACCUGAACGACGACGAUCUGAUGCACGUGCGAUGAAUAAAGCUUCCAGAUUUGUUGCCAUUUCAAUCCAGUAUUCGACUCGUUCCUCAUCUUCCAUUAAAAAGGACAUGCCACAUUAAAUGUGUUCACUAAAGCCAAACCAUAUUUCGGGGACAUUAUGCGAGUGUUCAAAAAAGAGUUAAGGAUAACCGAUGGCUUGUUUGUAUGUAGUGUAAAUAUGAUUGUGUUUACUUACCCCGUUUUAGGCUUUAUUACUUUUUAUAAUGCUUUUUAUUUGAGGGUUGUUUUUUUUAAUUUAUUUUAUUUUAUUUUUUUUUUUUUGGGGGGGGGGAUCAUAUCCAGUCAUUGCUCAUAGAAAAAGUAUGAAUAUCGAGGCUGAAGCAAGACGACUAAUUCUGGAAACAGCCUCUAUUAAAACAACCGGGACUCUUGAUUAUUUAUUCCAGUAAUGAUGUACCCUCUUUGUUUAACUUUGAGAAAUCCUGCAGCACAUACAUUAGCUAGGUUUCCUGACACUAAACAUUGUGACUCUUUCACUGAAGGAAAAUGGUGUGUUCGCACUGGUGACUCUGCUCAGCUUUAUUAUUUGCACUUGCUUUUAGGAAAAGCUCAGUGUCUCCAUUUCUUUUUUUUUCUUUUUUUUUUUUUGCUAGUGCAUUUUCUAUUUAGCCACUUUGGAUUAACGGUAGAAGAAUUAUGCAUCGAUAUAGUAAUCAGGCUGUGUGGGCAUUAUGCUUGACUAUACCUGCAUCUCUCUUUAGCGAAGAUGAUCAAAUAAAAUAAAUGGCUAACAUCAUCAUUAUUGUUGUAAGAGGCAUAAAAGCAAACCAUUUAAAUGCAUUACAAUGUGCUAUAAUUUAACAUAACUGCAUAGGGAAAAAUAAUUAAGAUUAAUUCCACUGAGCUUCUUUCUGGCCCUGAUUUUUGUCCCUGGUAUAAAAUUAUAUCAAUAUGUCAUGUCCGGACCUCAUUUAACCUUAAUCAGUAUGUUAAAGUGUCACAGCCCUUGUCUUUGAGGCAGAAUUAGCAAGGCCAUUUUCACCUCGUUUCCAUUCCAGCUUUCACUCGAAUAUCUAGUGAAGGUUUUUCUAUAGAAUAUUGCGCACCAUAGUAAGCCGUAUGAACACAGACUCCAAUGCCGACCUCAUGAUGAUCACCCGUUUCUCUCCUCUUUUUUUUUUAAAUUAAAGUCAUCCAUUUGGAUUAAUCCAUAGACCUUGUGUUUUUAUUUAAUUGUUUUGUUUCAUUUAUGCACAAACAUUUGUAGAAUAAAGACUCAUACCCAAGUCCA